CCGCGGUGAACUCGUGCUCCAGCAACGCGAGUUUAGUGAACACGGGUUAUCCUCGCGUCUUCAACUGCCCUUUCGUCGACCUACGAAACGCAGUCUGCACCAUUGAACGUACCGUUCUCCCCGACCGAUACCCAAAUCGUCUCUCUACGAAAUCGAGUCCCCCUUCAUCGCAUUGCGCGUGAAUCAAUCUUCGAUGGCGGCCAUCUUAGCUCGCAAAUCCCUCGUCGCCCUUCGCUCUCGACAGCUCGCCUUGGCCGGACCAGCAUUGGGUGCACGCUCGUUUGCCACCAAGCAGUCAUUUUCUACUGACAAAGAUGAUGAAGAAAGGGAGAAGCUUGCAAUGGAGAUUUCUAAGGAUUGGAGUUCUGUGUUUGAACGAAGCAUAAAUACCUUGUUUCUCACUGAAAUGGUUCGUGGUCUGAUGCUGACGUUGAAGUACUUCUUUGACCCAAAAGUUACUAUCAAUUAUCCGUUUGAGAAAGGUCCUUUGAGCCCUCGGUUUCGUGGUGAACACGCCCUCCGCCGUUAUCCAACUGGGGAGGAGCGGUGCAUUGCGUGUAAACUCUGCGAAGCUAUUUGUCCAGCUCAAGCUAUCACAAUUGAGGCUGAGGAGCGGGAAGAUGGAAGCCGUAGAACUACGAGGUAUGACAUUGACAUGACAAAGUGCAUCUACUGUGGAUUCUGCCAAGAGGCAUGCCCCGUUGAUGCUAUUGUUGAAGGACCCAAUUUCGAGUUCGCAACAGAGACUCAUGAGGAGCUUCUAUAUGAUAAAGAGAAGUUGCUCGAGAAUGGAGACCGAUGGGAAACUGAAAUUGCAGAGAAUCUAAGAUCUGAGAGCCUCUACCGUUGAUUACCCGAUGACUGAAAUACUGGACGAUUCCUACUAGCUUCAUACUUGAAGAAUUUUCUUGGAUUCUGAGAAAAUUUGGUGAAUAAUCAGAUUUGUCUGUCUGCGGGAUUCGUGUUUUGAUUAUUGGGUUUUUGAUGAAAACUCUUGUUAUUAAACUUCUCUACCUCGUAAUUGGUGGAUUAAUGUAGACAAUGCAAUGGGAGUACCAAAGCUUAUGUUUGUAAAACUAA